AUGUAUACAUUCGGUAGUCCGAUUUUGAGACAGUAUUUGGUUAUAAUUACUGCCAACCUAGCGUUCGUAUCCAUAGGCCUGAGUGUAUCAUGGUCUUCUCCAGUCCUGGUGAAAUUGAUGAAUAAGACGGAGCCUGUGCUGUCGAGACCUAUCACUUAUGAGGAAGGGUCAUGGAUUGCGUCUAUAGGAUCUGGUUGCGGGUUGAUAUUAAACUUCACAAUAGGAUUCCUACUGGACAAGUUAGGCCGUAAAACCUGCAUGAUCCUUGGAUUUGUUCCCCGGCUGGUGAUGUGCUUUAUGCUCCUGUUCACUAAAGAAGUAUGGGUCGUAUACCUGGCGAGAGUAUUCGAUGGAUUCGCUAAUGCAUCUAUUCUAGCUGCGGUACCUACUUACUCUUCAGAGAUAGCUAGCAAAGAGUGUCGAGGUGCUUUAGGCACUAUAUCUCAAGUCGCCUCAGGAGUGGGCAUGUUGAUCUUCCUCAGUAUUGGACCGUUUCUGCCGUACUACGAGUUACAUGUGAUGUAUACGUGUAUCACAGUCACCAUCUGUCUCCCACUGUGGUUUAUCCCGGAGACGCCCUACUAUUUGUAUUCAAAAGGGCACAAAAAGAAAUCUCUGAACACUCUAAUCUACCUACGAGGUUCAGAGGAAAUAGCUCUUGAAGAGAUGAAACUAUACUCCUUGAGUCAGCCAAAGAUAUCAAAAAGGGAGAUUUUUAGGGACCGCACGACGCUAAAGACGUUGGGCAAAGUGGUACUUUUGACCAUGUUGUUAGAACUAAUUGGGUACAAUGCUGUUUUAUUUUAUAUGCAAACUAUAUUGCAAUCCACACAUACUUCUGUUAGUGAACAGAUAGCGUCUGUUGUAAAUGGGUGUAUCCAAUUGGUUGCUUCAUUCUGCACUAUAUUUACAACUGAUAGAUUUGGAAGGAAACCUAUCUUGAUUACGUCGCUCAUGGGAAUGACUUUGGGAAUGCUUGGAUUGGGCACAUUUUUCCAAUUGAAGUCGAUAGCAGUGCCCACAGUUGGAUUCCUCAACUUCUUACCACUCCUGUCCAUGAUGCUGGUUAUAUUCUGUUUUAAUGCAGGUAUGGGCUCCUUAUGUUUCACAGUGGUAGCAGAAUUAUUUGACGGUCCAGCUCGAGCGGUCGGCGUAUCCGUGGCGAUAGGUGUCGCGACUUUCUUUGCGUUCUUACUUACCAAGUACUUUGUCAAUGUGUCAUUUGCAAUUGGCGAUGCAAAUGUUUACUGGAUUUUUACCUGUAUGUGUAUUAUAACUAUUUUGUUUAUACUGUUUUUUAUACCAGAAACUAAAGGCAAGACGUUUACGGAAAUACAAGAGGAAUUAGGACGUAAUAUUGAGAAGACAGAUCUGAAAUAA